AUGAAGCGGAAACAAUCGGACAGCCUGCAGACUGAUCCUGGCAGCGCUUGUAGCGUGAAGCGGCUCAAGAAUCAAUAUUCAAAACUCGAUCAGCCCCGUACAUCACCGACUCCACCUCUGACGGAAGAAGCGCUCUGCUCCCAGUUAAAUCACAAGGCACAUCAAUCAUCAGUCCGACACUGGGUGGAAACCAGUACGGCUGAUUGCGAUCCAGAGAUGAUGGCAGCACCUCCCACCCCUCGAAGCGCACCUUCAAACAACCGUGGGCGCCGCCCCCGACGGGCUCGGACACCUAGUCCUAGCAAGCAAACAUCCCCGCAAACGUAUCGUACGCGGAACCUGCACCAGGCAGGUGUUUUUGUAGACAGAUUGGGCUAUCUUCCGUCGGUAAUUGACAACGAGGUGCGAGGUAUACUGGACAUCAAGUCAUGGGACGAUCAGGUCGCGGCAGCAACACACGAUGCACGCAUCGAAACUUGCGCAGCACGCUACCAGACCGAUUCACGAAGAAAUGCACGCAAUUGCUCGCUCGAGGGCGAUUGGAAAGCCAGCCUAUACAACCUCCUGGUUUAUCUAUCAGAUCUUUGGCCGGACGAAUUACAAGCGCACAUGUCAGAGAAGGUCUGGAAUGCUGCCCUCAAACCCACAAGUACACCGUACAACGAGACCGAAGACCAACGCGAAACGCGCGAUUUUCACACAGCCCAGACUGCCCUCCCCAGUUUCAACACACUAGACGAUUCAGCGAUUAACUCCACUUUUGCCGGCCCCGUACCGUCCCUGCCACCGUCUCUGGCGCCGACUAGCAGCAGUGAAGCCGCAGAUCCAUACCAUAUAUCAACGCCAAAGCCCGAUAUCACAGUCGGUCUCGCGCACACUGCAUUCAGCCAACAAAACCAGCGUCAGCUUGUUGAUCAUCAGGCAUCUGGGUCAAUACUUAGCGACCCACAUGCGGCUGAUAUGGGUAUACGUUUCCCUUUCCUAGUCGUAGAAGCAAAGGGACAGAGUGUUAAUGGGAGCCUUGUCAGCGCGGAGAACCAAGCCGCUGUUAGCGGUGCUUCUAUGCUUGCGAUCCUUCAGGAUCUUGACUGUCAAGUGGCAUGGGAUUCUGGUUCUUCUUCUGAUAGGACUCAUCAGUCUAAUUCGGAUGUUUGCUUCUCGAUUGUCACAGCGGGUCCCAUACACACGCUGUGGGUACAUUUCAACCACCAGGGCGCGGUUUACAUGGAAUGUAUUCGGUCAUGGCGUACAACACACAAUGUACGAGAGCUCGUGCAUUUUCUGAGUAAAAUCUUGGAAUGGGGCAGAGGAAAGUACAAGGAUGGCAUUGUAGAGAAGCUGGACAAGGCCCCUAGGGUAUGA